AUGUCUGUCUGUCUGUCUGUAUGCCUGUUUGCCCGUGUGUCUUUCGGCCUGUCGAGGUGUGCGCCCAAGUGUGCCAACUUCACAGCGAGCGUCGAUACCAAUGGCACUGCAACUUGGCAUCUGUCGAGCCGUCGAACCGUCGAAGCGUCGGUCAGUCACCAGUUGUCCUCACUACGGGGCCGACAGACGAGUGGACAGACAACCGAUAUACUCAUGCACAAACCACACUAUCACUCGUCCUCUCCUCUUUCUCAUACUCCUCCUACUCCUACUCCUACUCCUACUACUACUUCUCUUCCUCCUUCUCCUCAUCUUCCUCCUCCUCCUCCUAUGGGUCCAGGCCUAUGCAUACAUGCACAGGCACACAUUGACACGCAAAGAAUCGGACGUGAGACCCAAGCACGAGGCUCCGGUAUACCAGAGACAACACGAGCACGCAAUCACGUCAUGUCCGAGGAGGAUGACGUGGCUUGUGCGUUUGAUGCUGUUGUUACUGUUGGUAUGGUUGGUACUGAUGUUGAUGUUGGUACUGAUGAUCGUGUUGGUAAUGAUGAUCGUAUUGUUGCAGUUGACGCUGUUAGUACUAAUGCUUUGUGGUGCUGA